GCCUGGUCUACAAGAGCUGUUUCCAGGACAGCCUCCAAAGCCACAGAGAAACCCUGUCUUGAAAGACGAAACAAAAUAAAACAAAACAAACCAAGAAGCCUGUAGGAGGAAGAAAGUGGCCACUACGGGGAGUAAAUCUGUGCAGUGUGAAAAGAAAAUGUUCUGGUCAGCACGGUGAGCACAGCGAGAGGGAGGCGCAUGACCGGAUAUGUUUCAGGAGCCUGGGACUACAAGACUUAACUUUCCCUCUGACCCUCUGCUCCCCCUGUGCCCCCUCUAAAGGCCACCAGGUCUGUGAGCAAGCCCAGGAACCAGCACUUGCUUUACAAGAGGAAGUUUGAGGAUUGAUGAAGAGGAAGUGUGGCGAAUGGCUGGAAUAUCUGGAAAAAGGAAAGAAACGUUUAGGAAGGUGGCACCUUCCCUUACUCUGUCUGUUGCCUUCCCUCUUACCAAGUGCUGGCUGUUCCCAACCCUUCUCCACUACUUCCCAGCCUCCAACUUUGGAAUCUCCCUAUUAUCAGAUUUAGAACCCCAAAGACACUUUUGAUUUGGGGACAGUAGAAUGCAAGUUUUUUUUUUCUUUAGGGGACAUCAUGGAUGCACACAUGACCAGUCCAUCCUCAUUGUCUCAGAACAUUCUUACUAGCCCUCAAAAUUUCCUGUCCCUAGACCCAUCUGUCCCCAGCAGACUGAGCUAGUUGACCUCCCAAGUGGUUACUCUGGGCUCUACUCCAAUGUUUCUCUCAUCCUUCAGGCAGAGGUCAACAGAAAAAGAAGGAAAGCCGAUCUCUAGGCUCAUGCUAGGAGCCCGGAACCGGGGUUGAAAUGACCUCUGAACUAGAGAGGAAGCAUGCUUAGGGUGCCCAGUCUCUGGAGGAUAGGCCACUCCACAAGGAAUUUGAAGCAGUCUGAGGGGAAGUGCAGCUCAGCCCACUGUCUGUUUGGAAGGGCUCCGGUUGGCCUCGGAGCUCUGAUGCAGAGGCUUCUCUCUGUAAACAGAGUUCUUGGUUCCUGAACUUCCCCCAUCACAAACGCUUCACCUUACACACCCGUGUGGUCAGAGAGCUCUUCCUCAACUCUGCCUUUAGUUCACGAUGUGGUUUCAGCCUCUUUUUCAUCAUAUCCUCUGCUUGGCAGUUACUGGGUCAUGGCUGAUCUGGCUUUUCUCAAUGUACAGCAAGUGAGGGCGCUGGAAAGCAUAAGGAGCCUCGGUGGCCGCCAUUGUGCUUUUCAUCUUUCCUGGUAAGCAACAGGCUGAAGGAACGCGUUCUUGGGAGAUUGCCGAGGGAGCUGACAUCCUUUCUUUCGCGGACGGAUGCUUUAGAGGCUGUUUAUCUGUUCCCAGUCUUUAAAUUUUUUUUUUUUUUUGAGACAGGGUUUCUCUGUGUAAAAGCCCUGGCUGUCCUGGAACUCACUCUGUAGACCAGGCUGGCCUCGAACUCACAGAGAUCCACCUGUGUCUGCCUCCGAGUGCUGUAAUUAGAGGCGUGUGCCACCCCCCCUCUUUGCACAACCUUAGGUGCUUUUGUUUGUGGCAGGGCUGGAGUGAGGAGGUGUCGCUGCCCGCGUGGCGUGCCACGGCGUCUGCUCUUCAUUGUCAGCGCAGCCUAGCUGAGCCCUCGUUUUCUCUGUCCCAGUUGAAGCUAGGUGGAGUGGGGCGAUUCAAGGCUGUCGGGGACGGACGUAGGACUUGGCACCCAUCUUGCCUAGCACCCCCUGAGAAAGUCCAAUGGGGGUGCUACACGGCCAAGUGGUAGCGGAAGGAAAGAAAUCCGUUAUUUUGUGUUAGAAAGGAGAUCACUUAGACUUUGACUUCUCUCAAAAAGAAUGAGGAGUUGGCUACCCUGUCAUGGGAGGUGCUGGAGAUGGCUUCUCCCAGUAUCCACACCAAGACUAUUGUUUGGCCCGAAGUCAAGAACAGGUUGCUUCCCCUUCAUUCAUUUCUGGAACAUUCUCACUGAUAUCCCCCACCCUCGGUGUGUGUCCGUCUGUCUCUCUGAGUCUCACAUAGCCUACGAUGGCCUUGACCCUAAUAUGACGUUUUUAUAUCAUGAUGUUACCUAACCCACAACAAUACAUAGAGUUUUUAUAUCAUGAUGUUACCUAACCCACAACAAUGCAUAGAGCAUCAACUUAUGUUUCCCAUUAAUCUAAAAACUAUGCUAUGUGUACAUUUUUUUUUUUUUGGUUUUUCAAGACAGGGUUUCUUUGUAUUGUUUUGGAGGUUGUCCUGGAACUCGCUCUGUAGACCAGGCUGGCCUUGAACUCACAGAGAUCCACCUGCCUCUGCCUCUGCCUCCCGAAUGCUGGGAUUAAAGGCGUGUGCCACCAAUGCCCGGCUAUCUGUACAUUUUAAACAUCAGAUACAAAGGUAAUUUUUAAACCAGCAGUUUCAUUCUGAGCCCUGCUUUCUUCUCCUAUGAUAUAAUCCAUAACUUUGUUCACCUCUCUAGUCUAGACCUGCAUUUUUAGACCACACCCCAGCCAACUCCCUCCUGGCACCCCUCUUUCCUAGCUCACUGUCUUUUCCUGGGUACUUCUCAUUUAGCUCCACCCAAGGAGUGAGUCUUCCUCCCUCUGGGCCACUCUGGAACACAAAGAUUGUCCCUCCCUAACAGUGAGGGAGGGUGUGGGGUUUUGUUCAGCCUCACCCUCAGGAAGAUGCAUCUUCCCCCUCUUCUGCUCUGUGGUACUUCCUCUCUGGCUGAUUUAGUCGGCAGACUUAGAAGUGAGACCAAGACCCUAGCACUGGGACAGAUCCAAGAAUUGUCUGUCCCACGACUCUGCCCUGAACCUAGACGUGGCAUCUGGAAAACCUUGUCCUUCUGAUGGCUCCAAACACUACAUCUCCUGCAGCAGCUUCCUCUCCUGGUGGCAUGUCUCUGUCUCUGCCUAUUGUCUUACUGUCUGUGGCCCUGGCUGUGGGGCUUCCUGGCAAUAUCUUUGUGGUGUGGAGCAUCCUGAGAAGGAUGCAGAAACGCUCUGUCACCGCCCUGCUGGUGCUGAACUUGGCUCUGGCCGACUUGGCUGUGUUGCUCACCGCUCCCUUUUUUCUACACUUCCUGGCUCAAGGCACGUGGAGUUUUAAAGUGACCGGUUGCCGCCUGUGCCACUAUGUUUGUGGAGUAAGCAUGUAUGCUAGUGUCCUGCUUAUCACCAUCAUGAGUCUGGACCGCUCAUUGGCGGUGGCCCGCCCCUUUAUGUCCCAGAAGGUGCGCACUAAGACGGUUGCCCUGUGGGUGUUGGCAAGCAUCUGGUUGGUGUCUUUUCUGCUGGCCACACCGGUCAUUGCGUACCGCACAGUAACGCAGAACAACAGGACUCUGACUCUGGUCUGCCAGCCGGAUUACCCCAGCGACGGGCAUCGGGCCUUUCACCUGCUCUUUGAAACCAUCACGGGCUUCCUGCUGCCCUUCUUGGCGGUGGUGGCCAGCUACUCCGACAUCGGACGCAGGCUGCAGGCUCGGCGCUUCCGCCGCAGUCGCCGCACCGGCCGCCUGGUGGUGCUCAUCAUCCUGGCCUUCGCCGCCUUCUGGCUGCCUUACCACCUGGUGAACCUGGUGGAAGCGGGCCGCGCGCUGGCGGGCUGGGACAGGGACGACUCCGCGGGCAGGCGUCUGAAGCUGGCUCGUUACGUGCUCAUCGCGCUGGCCUUCCUGAGCAGCAGCGUGAACCCGGUGCUGUACGCGUGCGCGGGCGGCGGCUUGCUGCGCUCAGCGGGCGUGGGCUUCGUAGUCAAGCUGCUGGAGGCCACCGGUUCCGAAGCGUCCAGCACCCGCCGCGGUGGCACCCUGUGCCAGACCCAGAAGUCCACACCCGCCUGCCCUGAGUCAGGCCCCACCGACAGCUUCAUGACCUCCUCCAACCCCUCCUGAGUGAAGUGAACUGUCGAGGGCUGGGUGGAAAGACAUUCAUAGCUCUGGCCUGACCCACUUCUGUAUCUGGAUCAGAACAGGUUGGGGACUGGGCUCAAGCGGAAAAGAGGGAGGGGUGAGGCGAGUCAGGGCAAAGAGACAACAUGCUCUGGCCUGGCUUCUGAGGCAUCUUUACGAUUAAAACUAAAUUCUCAAAUCA